UUGAUUUUGACUUGUUUGGUGUGGUCGUUUGGCUGAGGUAUGCAACAUGGAUUGAAUAGGUGAAAAUCAUAUUGGGGUCAUAGUCCAAUCAUUUAAUAAGUCCAAGAAGACCCAAAUUUGGUCACUUGCAGCUUUCACUCAACUAAUACAUCACCCAUCGAAUGGUGGCUUUCACCACAGCACAUCUGUACUAAGAGCUAGAAGGAAUUGUUUCGCAUCUCAUCUGUACGACUAAAAGUCAAGGAUAAAACGACAUGACGACAACACUCGCAUCCCCACGCCAGAUCCUCACAACGCUCAUAGCAUCCAUCUCAUCAAUUCCACCACCACCUACAGAAGACGCCCAACAACCCCAACGCCAAUCAAAUACAGAUCAAAACCAGCAGCAAAACGUCCUCUCCCAACUCGACCCAGCCCACCGCCCGCUCAUUACAGCCCUGCACGCCCUCUUCCCCUCUCUCCUCCUGCCGGCACUGGACCUGCUAGACCGCGGGCUGGUAAGCCGCCUCGAGCUGGGCGACGGCCGCGACGUACCGACAGGGAACCCAGAACCAGCAGCAGCAGCAGCAGCAGCAGCAGCAGCAGCACACAGAACCGGACCCCAGCAGGAUCAUCCAUCGCCCGCGCCAGCCCCAGCAGCAACGACUGCCAUCUACCACGUCCGCUCGGCACAACCGCAACCCCGCCACCACCACCACCACCGCAGCCGCGCAUCCGACCAGGCCAAGCCGCAAAAGACGUACGUCGUGCACCUGGCCGCGUGGAACUGCACGUGUGCGGCGUUUGCGUUUUCCGCAUUUCCCGGCGGUGCUGCUGUUGCAGCUUUAGAUUCGGCGGGGCCACCGCCGCAGGAGCUCGACUUUGGCGGCCUGAGCCUCGACGGCACGCACGGCCGCGAGGCGCAGGGCGUGCCGUGCUGCAAGCACCUGCUGGCGUGUCUGCUGGUUGACAGAUGGGCCGGGGCGCUGGGGAGGUAUGUGGCCGUGAGGAGGGUUGGGAGGGAGGAGAUGGCGGGGGUUUUGGCUGAGGGUUGAGGUUUUUAUCGUCUUCAUUGAAGGUAAAGGGACUCCUCCGCAUAACUACCGAGCUAUGUCUUGAGGUCACUCAACUAGAAAGACGUCUAUGAGGCAGUCGAAGGGACCAAGGGGACUGCAGAGAUAACAUCAACUGCAAGGAAAUGGUUCUCUAGGCAUCCCAACAUAUGGCCACUCCAUACCACCAAAAAAAAAAACCCAUGAUCUAAAUAGCGCCGAAUGCUCAUGAAUUUCAAAUGCCUCAGGAUUCUCGUUACUUUUGUGCUUGUUUCGUUCUGCGUUUUCCCAAAGCAUAUUAAACCUGCC